UUGACACGAUAUAGAGUAUCUUUUAAAAUUUCAUUUGCUCCUGAUAAUUCAGUUCCGCGCGUUGGAUAUUAUUACCUUCCACAUAACCACUUUGCAAGCUAAUCUGGGAAUAUAAUCUUAUAUCUCACUUUAAUGAUUUUUAUCCUGAUUGACACGUUGAGAUUUACGUGGAAAGAGGGAAUUUCCGCAAAUUCCAAUUCAGCGAGUCGGCCAUUUCAUUGGUGAUUAACUGUAACGCGCGAGCUGACGUAACCCAACGCGUGUAUGCAACAUCGAACCAAGCUCCGCGUCCAUGACUGAUUCGCUUCCUGUCGCUCACAUGUCUCGUGGUUGUGCGCUAACAUAUUUCCUUAUUUAUUGAUAUAUUUAUUAAUUUAUUGGUAACAAUGAUUAUCUCCACGAACGAGGGUAACCCGAACGCGUUGAAGCUAAUUAUCGCGGCUAAAUUAGCUCGAGAGCCUUUCACCGUUCAAAUUGUGAAUCCUGCCAAUGCCUUCUUAGGCCGUUUACCGACGUUAAAGGCGUCCGCAGAGUUAUCCUUAUUUAGUGUCUCUUCAGCACUGCGCUUUUUAUUAUCCAUACCUAAAGAAUCAGAGAUCCUCAAUGAUAGGUGGUUGGAGUGGGAAAUCACUCAGCUGCAGCCAGCUAUAUUAAGUCAUGCAAACAUGAGGACUCCUAAAAAUCUACAAAAAUCUGACUUAUGGUCUUUAUUAAAAGAUCUCAAUAGUGAGUUAAAGGAUAAACAGUACUUAAUCAAGGAACAUAGUCAUUUAUCACCAGCAGAUAUAUGUAUUUGGGUAAGUCUUUGGAGUACCAUGUUGCUUGAGGAUGUCAAAGACAAUGUUGCCAAGAAUUUGCCAAACCUUUAUAAUUGGCUAGCUAAUAUUGAGAAGCAAUCGAUUAUUCAGGAAUCUAUUAAAGAAUUUAAUUUGGAGAGGGGUGCAAAAGCUGUUGCAAGUAUCGAAGCUGCUUCUUGGUUCCCUGUCAAUGCAGUCUCAAAUUCCCGAGUCAGCGAAUCAGUAUCAAGCGACGUUAAUCCUAAGGAAAAGGACGCGGAGGCGAUUAGUGAGGAAGAACUUCGUAAUGUGGCGCACAGUUGGACGACUGGACAAUACCUAGAAGUUAAGGAAAGUUCAUAUCCCAUACUGCCUAAGAAAAGCGAAAGGAAUGUAUUAAUAACCUCGGCCCUUCCUUAUGUUAAUAAUGUUCCGCAUUUGGGAAAUAUUAUCGGUUGCGUUCUUUCGGCCGAUAUUUUCGCGAGAUACUGCAGACAGAGGAAUUACAAUACGCUCUACAUAAGUGGAACCGACGAAUACGGCACCGCGACUGAAGCUAAAGCACUACAAGAAAAGACAACUCCUCAAGCUAUUUGUGAUAAAUUCUUCGACAUACACAACGAUGUUUAUCGUUGGUUCGGUAUUGGAUUCGAUUACUUCGGCCGCACCAGCACACCCGAGCAAACAGAGAUCGUUCAAGCAUUUUUCCUGAAAAUCAAGUCGCGAGGUUACGUGAGGAGCGAGACUGUGGAACAGUUGCACUGCGAGCUCUGCGACCGAUUUCUGGCCGACAGAUUCGUGGAGGGCACGUGUCCCGGUUGCAAAUACGAGGACGCACGCGGUGACCAAUGCGACGGCUGCGGUCAUCUUGUGAACGCCAUCGAGUUAAUAAAUCCUCGAUGUAAAAUGUGCAACAGUACACCUGUCGUCAAGCAUUCGGUACAAUUCUUCCUGGAUUUACCCAAGAUAGAAGAGAAGUUGAAAGCAUAUAAUGCUACCGUGGAGAAAGGGUGGUCUAGCGUCGCGAGGGUGGUUUCGAAGUCGUGGUUGCGCGACGGUCUGAAACCACGUUGCAUAACUAGAGACCUGAAGUGGGGAAUACCAGUCCCGGUCGAAGGUUUCGAAAAUAAAGUGUUUUACGUUUGGUUUGACGCUCCUUUCGGCUAUAUCAGUAUUACAAAGAGGUAUACCAAAGAAUAUCAGAAAUGGUGGCAACCUCCUCAAGACGUGAAAGUCGAUUUGUGCCAGUUUAUGGCAAAGGACAACGUUCCGUUCCACACAGUAAUGUUUCCCGCUUGUUUGCUAGCGGUUAAUCAAAAUUACACGUUGAUGAAGUAUUUAAUGGCAACCGAAUAUUUGAAUUACGAGGAUAAAAAAUUUUCCAAGUCUAGAGGCAUUGGAGUAUUCGGGACCGACGCGAGAGACACCGGUAUCUCAGCAGACGUAUGGCGAUUUUAUUUAGCCUACAUUAGGCCGGAAACUCAAGAUUCCAAUUUCAAUUGGGUGGACUUAGCCACCAAGAACAACAGCGAAUUGUUGAAUAAUCUUGGCAAUUUUGUUAAUAGAGCUCUCGUAUUCGCGGAGAAGUUCUUCAACUCGAGCAUACCGCCGAUAGAGCUGGCCGAGGAAGCCGAUUGGAGCGUAUUGGCGUUGGCACAACGCGAAUUGUCCUCUUACAUAAAUGCCAUGGAGCACGCUAAGUUGAGGGACGGUCUGAAACAUAUAUUAGCGAUUUCAAAGCAUGGCAAUCAGUACAUGCAAUUCCAGCAGCCGUGGGUGAAAAUCAAGGGAACCGAAGAUGACAAGAAAAGAGCCGGAACUGUUGUCGCAGUUUGCUGUAAUCUAGCUUGUCUUCUGUCCGCACUUUUGGCUCCGUUUAUGCCCACUACAUCUAAACAAUUGAGAUCUCAAUUAGGUUUGAGUAAUAAAAGUUAUGGCUACAUCCCCGAGACGAUAACAAACAUACUGCCAACUUGGCAUAAAAUCGGCAAACCCAGUCCGCUGUUCACCAAGAUCGAAGAUCAAAGUGUAGAAGUGUUACGAAAAAAAUACGCUGGUCAGCAAGAGGUCAAUGGUGAGGUAUCGACGACAAACAAGGCUCCUGAUGACGGUAUCGCAUCACUAGAAACCGCUAUUACGAAACAAGGCACUCUGGUUAGAGAGCUGAAAGCUAAGCAUGACAAGAGCGUUUGGCAACCGCAAGUAGCGAUUCUGUUGGAUCUAAAAAAGAAGCUCGCUGAUCUCAAGGGCAACGUAAACGUACCUGAGAAGAAAUUACCCGCGAAGAAAACACCUGCCAAGAACAAAAAGGCCGAACCGACGCAGGUGUUGGAACAGAAUGGAGACGCCCUGACGGAUGUAGCGGCCUUGGAGUCUGCUAUUGCGAAACAGGGUAAUCUCGUGCGAGAAUUAAAGGCCAAGGAAGAAGCAAGCGUAUGGAAGCCGCAAGUGGAGAUACUGUUGAAACUGAAACAACGUUUGAUGGGUCUCACUGGAACAACGACGCCAAACGCUACGGAUAAGAAAUCUAAAAAGAAAAAAUAAUACGCUACAAAAUAAUUUCUCUCAGAGUGACGAGAUCGCAUAAACGUACAGUUUCCUUCUGAAUUAACGUCUAUCUGUCUAGAUAUCUCUUCGACGUAUGCAAAGCAUGGCAUAAUAGUAUUCAAUUAAACACAAGUGCGCGUGUGCGUGCUUCAUUUAACAUAAUUAUUGUAUUUUACUCACGUUUCCUGUUGGAAACUUAGAUGCGGAAGGGAUAGGAUAAGCAAACACUCGUGUACUUUAUUUAAAUACUUAUUUACAUUACGUGUACCUAAUGUAUGUGUACCAACGUAUUAUUACGUUACUUUACGUAUACGUAAUGAUGGUCUAUAAACAAUUUACAUAAAGGUUGAGAAAAAGUGA